UAUUACAUAAAUAUAUCAAGAAAUGUAAGAAUAAACCUGCUGAUAUCAUUAACCCUGGUAAGAAUUGCCUUAGUAAAUCCCAAACAUUUCAAGCAUCAGUUUCAUUAAAAAAUCAUGAUUUCUUACGAAAGCUUCGCAUUAAAUCUGAAGUCAUGAGAGCCGACGAAAUAAGUGCUACUGCUAAAAGUGAUCCCCUCAUCUGUUUAUUCGGAGAAACACUUUUAGCUAAACAUAAGCGACAACAAAUUGCUAACAUUGUGUCGAACAGAAUGCGAGAAAUGGCUAGGAUGCUUAUGGUUAUUAAAACUCUGGAAGAAGGGAUUCGCUCCUUUUUUGACGUUCUUAAACCUGAAAUGUUCCAACCCCUUAUUUUUGCAGUUAAGGACAUCAGUGGCUAUGACGUAGUAAAGAAAGAGUUUAGAGCCCCAUCAUUGGCGUUACAUAUGGGUACGAACAUAAAAAUCAUGUGCGAUGUUGCUUACAAAAUAGUAUUAGAAAAAAGAAUCCUUCCGAAUAUUAACUGGUUAAAAAAUAGCGAAAAAAAGAAUGAAAUUAAAGAUCUUAAGAAACUAGUCGAAGCCCAUUGGUGUAAUGAACUGGCCAGUCUUGCGUUAAAAAAUAUUAAAGAAAAACAAUGGGGGAACCCUAAGCAAUUACCUUUAUCUAGUGACAUUCUUGCUUUACAAACAUAUAUCGAUGCUCAAAGUGUAGAUUGUUAUGACAAAUUAACGAAUAAUAUUGACAUAAAAACCAAUUAUAAAAUACUAAUUGAAUGUGUACUAGCUCAAACCAUCAUAUUUAAUAGAAAAAGAGUAGGUGAUGUUCAAUUUCUAAAAGUAGAAACGUAUAUGAAGGAUGAUAACCACUUAGAUCAGGAAGCAUUUACCGAAUCCUUAACAACCGUGGAAAAAAUUAUAUCCAAACAAUUUAAAAGAGUGGUAACAGGAGGUAAAGGAUCGAGACCUGUUCCUAUCCUUUUCUCAAAACGAACACAAAAAUAUAUAUCCUGCCUUUUAAAAAUUAGGGAUAUGACCGAUUUUAUUCCAAAAUCAAACCCAUAUAUAUUCGCAGUUCCUGGUUCUAAAGAAUGGAUUUCUGGAGCACAUGUCAUUAGACGCUUAGCUAUAAAAUGUGGAGCUAAACACCCUCAACUUUUCACCUCCACGCGAUUUAGAAAACAUAUUGCUACGACUUUGCAAUUAAUGACAAUGCAGCCGCAUAAAAUAGAGCAAGUAGCAACCUUUAUGGGGCACACGCGAAAAACUCAUGCUCAGUUUUAUAGGUUGCCUCAAGACAUUUUUCAGACUGCUAAAGUCGCAAAAGUUCUCCUUUUGCUAGAAAAAGGGAAAGGAAAAGUGUUUAAAGGAAAAUGCUUAAGUGAAAUUGAAAUUGAAGAAGAAGCUUCUAUUUUAGAAUCUAGUGACGAUGACGCACCAACUAAAUAACAUACUCAAAUAAAUCAGAAACCCCAAUCAUCUGAACAAAUAUAUAACGCACCAACAUUUAUUAUGUCUUCAGAAGACAUACAACAAACUAAUCACGAAACCGAAAAAACUAAUUGUGCAAAAGACGUUUUACACGUACCGGAAAAAUCAUCUCAAAAUAAAGGUCGCACUAAAUGGAACAGCAAAGAGAAAAAGUUAGUAUUGAACUAUUUUAAAAGUCAUUUAGAAGAAAAAAUAACUCCCAAGAAACACGAGUGCGAAGAGUAUGUUGCUAAAUAUCGGAAUAAUAUAACAAUUACUGACUGGGUAAAGAUAAAAACUUUGGUUUAUA